GGCCAGCCAAGCCAUGGAUCGGGAGCGUCGCCCCCCUUUCCGGGAUGACUCCGUCAGGGGCAUGCACGCCUACGACCCGCAGGCGAGCCCCACGGAGAUGCGCCGGCUCUCCGGCGGCCUCGCCGGACUCUACACCGAGCCCGCUCUGGCGCUUGACUUUCAGGCGUAUCGCCCGCGCGACGUGCUCUCAUUUCCCGCCGAUAAGGACCGGACCUGGAGGCUGCCCACGGAGCUCGACCCGGUUCGGCUGAUGCACAACGCCAUCCGCGCCGAGGUGACCAAGUUCGAAGCGCUUCUUUUCAAGCUGGGCGACGACAAGCUCAGCAGGUGGCAGAUUCAGUGCAUCAAGGACUGGUGGGUGGGCCACAGGGACCACGUCGUGUACCACCACGCCAUGGAGGACGCGGUGCUCCACCCCUUCGUUCGCUCCCGCGUCCACGUCCCCGCGGAUUUUCAAUCGUCGCACGAUCAGCUCAACUUUUUACUCCGCGCGGUGGAUCGCGCCAUCUGCAACAGGACGUUCAACCGAGCCUCCGAGCUCGCGCCGGCGUGGCACGGCUACCGCACGUCGCUUUAUCCGCUGCUCGCGGAGGAGGAGGCCAUCUUAAUUCCCCUGACGCGCGCGUACUUCACCCCGGAGGAGUACGGGGCUAAGAUUGGCGAGAUUUUGCGAUCGGCGCCCAAGCUGGCGCUUGGUUCGCUCCUGCAUCACCUGCAGGGGGGCAAGGAGGGCGCCAUGAGCUUCCUGGUGCGGUACGGUUACGAGUGGAUGGCGUGGUACAGGUCGGUGCACGCCACGCGCACGCACUACAGGGAGCACGCGGAGAGUAAGCUCGCGUCGCUGCUCGUGGGCGCCCCCGUGGUGUGCAGACAUAAGGACGACUUACGGAUCAUGAAGACGCUGAGACCGCUGGAGCUGAACCGGCGGCUCAUGCUCGCGCCGGUGGCGUCGUCGGAGGUGAGCGCGAUGGUGUUUUCGCAGAUGGCGACGGGCCGGUGGCUGCUCGACGUGGGGUGGGGGGGGCGAGCCCCGGAAGAAGUGGAGGGGGGAGAGAUGGACGGAGAUGGAGGGACGCGUCGGCCCGAGGGGGGGCGCGUGAGGGUGUAACCUCUUCGGCUGUAUUCACGCGUCUUGGCAUUCGCACGCGCGCGCACGAGGCACAACGUCGCGACGUUGUCUUGUAAAUAGUCUACCAAGUCGAUAACUUUGAUGUAACGACGUCAAACGACGUCAGUCGUUGUCGCGCCGGCGGGGGCAGCCGGAUGCGCUGCAUCCCUCGGGCGGCGCCGCGUCGCCAAUCGCCCCGACCGCGCUCGCUAUGUCCCUCGCGAUGGCGUCCACCCGUGCGCUCCUCGCGACGGGAUC